AUGGCCUCUUCUUCUGCUCCGUCUGCUGGUGGUGGUGGUGGUGGUUCACCAUCCACUGAACAAGGAUACUUUGCCUACAUCAUCAAUCUUUUAUUGAUCCACAAGCCACGAGAAGACCGUGCCAAGGUUAACCCACGCCAACAAUUGAUGCCAGCAAGACAACUGCGACGAGACCGUUCACGGCGCAUUCGAGGUGCUAUAAAUUUCCUCCUCUUCCUCAUUUUCGUCAUCAACCUCUGGUGCUCUUCAAAGCAACAACAUCCAGAUAGCUUAAAACUCUGUACAUAG